GCCAUUUCACAACUUCCGACAUGGAGUGGAUCUACCUCCUCGUCCUGCUGCCGCUGCUCGACUACGUCCCGAGCUGCUGCUACGCGCGGCGCUUUGUGCUGAUUGCGCCCAAGGGCGACGCGGCGACGACGGGCCGCGCCAACGUGGCGCGCGUCGUGCAGCAGCGCGAGCGCAUGGAGACUCGGUUCGCCUACCACCUCAUCCCGCUCGUGCUUGCACUCGUGUUUCUCCAGCUCUGCGCCGUCUACAGCAUGCGAUUGCCCAUGUAUCUACUCGGCGGCCUCAUUGCUCUCAUGGUCGUCCUCGUUGCGCAGUGCAUUCGGCUCGCGAUCGCAUUGCGCGUGCUCCAAGACGAACAAGACCAGUGGGAAGCGUGGAUCGAACGCCAGCUCUCGCCCUAUUACACUAGCUAG